UUUAUCGAGUGCGUCUCAAAAAUCACGAAAUAUUUUUUAUUUCUUUAUUUCUUUACAACAAGUCGCCCACCUCUAAAACAAUCCCUUCCUUCACCAACCACAAACGCAAUAAUCCUCACCAUUAGAGUAUCUCUACUGGAAGACUGUCAUCAUGUCUAAAAUCACAGUCGCCGGAGUGCGUAACAACGUUGGCGAGUUGCUCGACUACUCCCAGAACACCAAAAAGAGAAACUUUCUCGAGACCGUCGAACUCCAAAUCGGCCUCAAGAACUAUGACCCUCAGCGUGACAAGCGUUUCUCUGGCACCAUUAAGCUUCCUGCCAUCCCCCGCCCCAACAUGAGCAUCUGCAUCUUGGGUGACCAGCAUGAUCUCGAUCGUGCCAAGCACGGUGGAAUUGAUGCCAUGUCCGCUGAUGACCUGAAGAAGCUUAACAAGAACAAGAAGCUGAUCAAGAAGCUCGCUCGCAAGUACGAUGCUUUUGUCGCUUCCGAGGCUCUGAUCAAGCAGAUUCCUCGUCUCUUAGGUCCUGGUCUGUCCAAGGCCGGUAAAUUCCCUACCCCGGUCUCGCACGCUGAUGAUCUUACUGGCAAGAUCAACGAGGUCAAGUCUACUAUCAAGUUCCAGCUGAAGAAGGUGCUCUGCAUGGGUGUCGCCGUCGGAAACGUCGGUAUGACCCAGGAUGAACUGGUCGGCAACAUCAUGUUGGCUAUCAACUACCUCGUCUCGUUGCUCAAGAAGGGUUGGCAAAACGUUGGUAGCUUGACCGUCAAGGCUACCAUGUCUCCCCCUAAGCGCCUCUACUAGACGACAGGAUAUUGAAAAGACACUGGAGGAUGUACUACUGGCAAUACUAGGAUUUAGGUUCUAGUCGUAAAAUUCAGAUAGCAAAUAAGAUCAGUGUGAACCUCCCAGGCAAACUCAUCGCGCACUCUUCGAGACGUUGUACAUCGGGCUGUUCAAUGGCCCGUAGGAUGCACCUAGGUGACUAGCCAUCACACACAAUUGAACUGCAAACAUUAAGCCAAUGCAGUAAGCAGUCAUUCUUCACAUGAUGUACUAGAGAACCUUUGCCACGAUAUUGCAUGUCUGUUUCUACAAUUUACAAAGAGGCCGACUGGAACACUUCUAGUACAGCUUCAAUUGUUCACAAUUCACUGCACCACAUCGGUUAUUGCCAAAUUGGCGCAAGCAAACACACACAAAAUAGCAGCAACUACUUCUAAUAAUGACAAAAACCAACAACAACAAAUGGUUGUUGAAAUGUAGGAAACACCCCACAGUCACGAACCAGGAGGAGCUGGCGUCGGCGGCUGAUUAGGAAGAGCAUUUUCAAUCGAUAAAGGAGGCCGGGAACGGAAGGAAACCCAUAGGAGAUUUGAAUGAUAACCCUCAGCAAGCCGCCGUAGCGGAGCCUCCAUUUUUGUUAUAAAUUAAAUAAACAUUUGACGAUGUAGAUUUAACCCAAACUGAUGAUGAAGAAGAAAGGAAAAGAAAAAAAAGAUUGGGAAGGGAUUGGAG